AGCUGCUUUCUUUCGGACCGGAUCACCUGAUCACAACGCGUUAUGAUUCAAUAAUCAUGUUCUUUCGCAUUUGUUAGUUUGACGUAAACGGAUCAUGAUUCGAAAAACCCUGAACAUACUGAACAUUUUAAUUUUGUGAUUAGUUUGUUCCGAUCUGGAAAUUCUAACCUAAUUUAAUUUCAAACUGUCAAAACAAACAAUACUUGUGCUUUUGUUUAUCCUUGUUAUUUUUAUUUAUUUAAUUUAAUUUGAAAUAAAAUCGGCGGCAAUGAAUAAGAAUAUGGCAUCAAAAUUUCUAUAUGCACCAGAUAAAGUGAAACUGGAAAUUUUUGAUGCGGAAAAAGGAAUAGUAAUUUCGCUGUAUGUAAGUCAGCAGGAAUAUGAGCAUGCAAUGGCAGGUAAUUAUAUUAUUUUACUAUUAUUAUUUUGUUAUUCUCAUAGUAUGUUGUACCUAACAUCCGAUAAAUCGGGUAUCUUCAGACUCCCCUUUUAAAAUAAGAUCCGAGAAACCGGAGAAACCCCAAACUUGUAUCCUUGUCUUUUCACCAAAGCUGCUAUUUUUUUAAUGCGUAAUAAUAUCCUUCAACAAAAGAUACGAAAUCGAGAUGGAAAUAUGAAAAAUUGAAUGCAUAGGAAUAAAAUUUGGGGUUUAACCACAGGAUCCUUGAGAAAGUCAAUCAUCAAUGUUUUUAUGUAUGUUUUCCAGAUAUGAAUUAUGCAUAUGAUCUCCUGAAUCAGUAUGAAAAUUGUUUUGCAAAGCAAACAGAUGAAGUUCCAGAGAAGAUUGAAUAUUCUCAACCAACAGAAGCAGCAAGUUGUAAUAACUCAAGUUUAAGCGAGUGCCAGAAUGAGGAUGGAUUUUGGUCUCAGGAAGAAACAAAAUUGCUAAUUAAUUUGUAUGGCCAGCACAAAGAUGAUUUCUCACAUGCAAAAAAAAAAACAUGUAUGGGAUAUCAUUGCAGAGAAAAUGAACUCCUACAAUUACAAUAGAUCUGCUUCAAAAAUUGAGAGAAAAUGGAUUAAUUUAUUGAGAGUGUAUAGAUCCAUUAAAGAUAAUAAAGGCCCAAAAAAAACUGGUAGAGGAUCCCAAAAUUAUAAAUUUUUUGAUGACUUAGAUGAAAUUUUGGGUGACAAGCCAUCAAAUAACAAUCGUCUUUGUGUAGAAGUUGGGAUAAAUAGGGAUCCAACAAAUAUUGGAGAAGAAAAUUCCAGUGUUGAUGGUGACCAUCCUUCAACCUCUCAGCACGCCUCAGAGUCGUAUGUUCCUUCAGCAUCAACUUCGACUGACAACAUUACACCAUCAUCUUGUAAAAGGAAGAGAAAAUUUAGUUCCGCAAGUCAGUCAGAACAAUAUCUGCUGGCAAAAAUGAAAAGGCACGAAGAAAGGAUGGCCAUUGAAAAAGAAAAAUUAUUACUGGAGAGACAAAAAGUUGAUUUAUUGAAAUUUUUUUUAGAAAAUAAGGAAACAAAAUUAAAUUAACAAAACAUAUGUAAAUAUUUCCAGUUUUUUGUUGCAAGAUUUGAAUAUUUAUUUUAUUGUGUUCAUUUUAUAAUCUCCUAGAAGAGACUUAGAUUUUUUUUU